AUGCCAUGUAACCCUUAAAUAUUAAUUCAGCUUAGGAGCUUAGUAUAAGCACAACAAUCCCUUGAAAUCACACAUCUAGAUCAGCAUAAAUCCUUUGAAAUUUGGCAUCAUCAAUCUAUUGAAAUAAUUAAGGAUUCCUCAAUUGAAGUAUAUCCAGCGCAUAGAUCUUUGGAAGUUGUGAAUGAUGAUUAACCUAAUCAACCAGAAUUCUAAUAGGAGGAAUCAUUAGAAAUAUUUAAAUUGGAUAAUAAAGACUCACAAUCAACAUCUGAUUAGAAAUUAAUUGUUGAAGACAUCCGUCUCGACAACCUAAAUCAAAAUCUUGAAUCUGAAAAUACCCAACUUGAAGAUAUUAAAUUGGAUGAUCAACCAAUCGUUACUUAACAGUAAACAACUGUAGCUGUAUCCGAUUAAUUAGAAGAUAUUAAAAUAGAUCUUGAACCUACUAAGGAAACUGAAUAAUCUGAGAUUAUCCCUAUUGGCGAUUAAUAAUAAUAAGUUGAAUAAUCAGAAUAAUAAUAAUAAGAAACUAGUUAAUAAUAAUAGCUUGAAGAUGUGAAGUUAGAAUCUGAGGAUGCUGGAAAUAAUUAAGAAUCAUAAUAAAUUAACUUGACUAAAGAAGAAGAAAUCCAUUUAAUAACAAACUCAGAAGAAUAAUCAAAUGCUAAUAUUGAAUAAGUUAAUGAAUAAAAGGAUCCUUACAAUUAAAAUGAGGAUGUUGAGAAUUUACAAUCUAAUGUUGCCAGUAAUACUAGCGAUUAAGUGCUCUAAUAAGAAGAUGUCACAUUUGAUAACUAAGAAUAAACUACUGUAAAUUAAUAGGAGGAUUCAAAAUAAGAGGUCUAAAUUGAAGAUAUUAAAUUAGAUAAUACAGAUAUAUCUUCCAUUAAUGUUGAUGACAUUCCUCAAUAAUAAUAAGCCAAAGAAAUUUAAAACGAUUAAUUAUCUGUUUAAUCUGAAGUGAAACCAAUUGAGGAUAUAUCAAUCGCUGAAGAUGUUGUUGUUCAUGCUGAUGAAGUAAAAAUAGAAAAUGUGAAGAUCUCUGAAUCAAAUUUGGAGGAUAUAGUCACAUAGUAAUAGGCUCAAGAAGAUUAUACAAAUAAUACAGAAUAAUAAGUUUAAGAGUAAUAGGUUUAGGAGGAUAUUCAAGAGAAUAAUGAAAUCGAUGGGCAAUCCGAAGAUGUUUCAGUUGAUCCUGAUGCUUUCUCAGAACCUUAAUAAAAAGUCACUUAAAUAAAUGAUGAGGAUCUUCUUAAGCAAGAAUCAGAUAUUGAUGAAAUGAUUAGGUAUGCUUAAGAAUUGAAAGAGGAAGCUAAACAAUUAAAAAAUAAAAAAAGAGGAGAAUAACAAUUAGAAAAAAUGGAUAUCAUGGAAAAGGCAGCUUCUUUAGAGAAGGAAGUUAACUAGUUAGAAAAUGAAAGUGAAGAACCUCAAGUUAUAGAAGAUUAAAUAAGUUUAGAUGUUAAUUCUGCUUAUGAAGAUCAAAAGGAAAUGUAAGUUGAAUAGCCUUAGGAAGAAUAACAACCUCCUGUAAUUUAUUUAAAUGAUGCUGGAGUCAAUCCUGAGCAAUAGUUAAUAACAUAAGAAAUCAAGGGUGAUGAAAAACUAAUGAUCACUGAAAACUAAUUAUAGGAAGAGAUUGAUAAAGAAUUGUAAUCACAAGAGCAAUAAGUGGAAAGCACAUCUCAAAUUGAAGAAGACGAUGUCUAGAUUGUUGAUGCUUCUAUUAAGUUAGAUGAAGAUCAUUAAGAUAUGGAAGUAUAUGAAUCAGGUUAAGUGGAUCUCAUUCCUGAUGAAACUUAAUCUUAAGUUGAGGAAGUCUAAUAAAUUGAAUAGCCUCAAGAAUAAGUGGAAGUAGUUACUCCUCAAGAGGAUUAGUUUUAGGAUUAGGACACAACAAAAGAAGAAGGGGCUGUUGAAAUUGGGUUGACAACAGAUGAAGGAGAAGCAUUUAUUAGAAAACCUAAGAAAUCUGAUUUCUUAAGGGAAAAAUAAAGAUUAAAAGAUAAAUUAACUAAUGUGAUCAGAGAUUUUAAAUUGGACACUGUUUAAAGUAAUUCUUUGGAUUCUGUAGUUGAAGCAGAUAAAUAAUAUUCAUUGAUUAUUGAUAGAUUAGAUGUGCCUGAAAAUAAUGAAUAAGUUAUUGUGUUGAAGGAUGAUGAUUAUGAAUAAAGUCAAAUUGAACCAGAACCAGAAUAAGAAGUCAAAUAACUUGGUGAUUAUUUGGAAGCAGUAGAACCAGAUGUUGAAAAUGUUAAUUUUAUCUAUGAUGAUGAAUAACAAUAGGAAUAAUAAAACAUUUAAAUUGAAGAUAUCAAAUUAAAUGAUGAUAAUACAGAUGAAGAAACCAAUUACAAAAUUGUUGAAGCCAAAGAUGAUGAUCUUGAAGAUGCCCCAUUAGAAUCUGUUGAUGAUUCACAAUAAUAGUUCUUAUCAACUGAUGUGGCUGUUACUGCUGAAGAAACUUCUGCUUCUAAUAUUGAAAAUUAGAGAGAGGAUGAAGUUAUUUCAUUCGAUGAAUUCCAAAAAGAACUUGAAGUCUUAGCUAAUACGAUUGGUAAUAUCAAAUAAGAAAAUGAGGAAUCUAAACAGUCUAGUGACUAUAUUAUUGUUAAUGAUAAUAGUUAGGUCUAUGAAGCCACUUAUGAUGAAUAAAGCAAUGAAUUAUCAUAAUAAGAUGAACCUUAAGUUCAAGAGGAUUAAAAGUAAUAUUACUAAGGAUUUGAGGAUGAUCAAAAUAUUGAACCUGAAAUUUAGUAAUCUGAAAAUUAAGAAUAAUAAUAGGAAUAAUAAGAAUAAUAGGAAGUUGAAUAAACAUUUGAUGCUCCAGAAUAAGAAGCUGAAGAUUAAUCUUUUAUGAAUGAAUAAUAAGAAUAAGAGGAUGCUGCUUAAUAAGUUGAAAGAUAUGAUGAUGCUGAGCCUCAAGAUUAAUAUUUAACUAUUGACAACCUUGUCAAGGAUAAUUCUUCUUUUGGUGAAUCUUAUGAAUAGCCACCCUAGUAUUAUGAUGAAUCAGAUAAUCAAUCAGUAGAAUAAUAGCCAGAGAAUGAAGAUGGAAACACUUUAGAAUCUGAUUAUGAUAUUUCUGAAUAAUAAUCAUAAAAUUAGGGAUAUUAGUAAUAAUAAUAGAACGAUUAUGAUUAAUAAGAAUAAAAAGAAUAAGAAUAAGAUUUUGUUGUUAUGAAAGCAGAGUAAUUUAUACCAUAGGUAUAAGAUGAACCUCAGUAAUAAGAAUAAUCAUCUGAUAAUUAAAAAGAAGACGACAUUUAUUCAGAAACUCCUAGAGAUGAAAAUGAAAUAGAUAUUAUCGUAGAUGUAGGAAAUUUGUAAGAUGAUUAACCAUAAUUGAAUGAGCAAGAUUAUGAUUAUGAAGACAAUUUUGAAACUUAAUAGCCAACAUAGAAUAAGCAACCAUAAUAAUAAUAAUAAACUUAAUAAUAAUUAUCAUCAGAUUCUAUUUCUAAUUAGAAACAUAAAUAAAAAAUCUAGCAUUCAAUUACUAUUUCUCAUAAUCCUUAAUAAGGUAAUACUAAAUAGAGUGAAAGAUCUAUCGAAGUAUAGCAUGAAGAUAAAUCUUUAAAGAUCGAACAUUAAGUCAAUUAAGAUGAGUUAAAGAAAGACUUAAAGGAAUAAUUAAAAUAGGAACUUAAAGAGGAAUUAAAAUAAGAAAUAAAGUAAGAAAUCUAAGAUUCUCAUAAUCGAAGAAAGUCACCAAGUCUUGUCAUUGAAGAGAAUGUGACCAAAGAUCCAGAAAGACCUGCCCAAAAGGCCAUAAACAAUUUUAACAACUUACUUAAUGAUGUUGUAGAUGACACCUUAAAGGAGGAAGGCAAAAAGCACUAUUAGAAAUUACCAAUCGUAGAUGUUAAGAGAGAUAGCUUUAAUAAAGUGGAACCAAAAAUUGAAUAAGGAAUUGAUGACUUAAAGAAAGCAUUAGGAUUAAAAGGAGGUUUAGAAGUUGUUGAUAAUAGUGGCAAGAAGUAAGUCAUUAAUGUUGAUGAUCUCAAAAAAGAGAGUGAGAAAUUUUUAACUCGUCCAGAAAGAGAUAAUAAAAAGGAUAGUCCUUAAUAUGAGGAAUACCUAAAGAAAGUGACUGAAAAGACUUCAAAAAAUAAUGAUUAGAUGAGUAAUUAUGAAGAAUAACAUAAUAUGAGAAAGUAGGAGAUUUUAGAGAAUAUCAAGAGGGAGUUAGAAAUUAAGAAGGGUCACAUCACAGUUCCAAGUGAUUCUCCUCAAGCAGAGUUAUCACCUUAUGAAUUCGAGAGAGUUUAUUUGGAUUGGGAAAAGAAUAAACAGGACAUCAUUCCAAGCAUGCUCUAACAUUCAAUUGAAUAGCCUAGUAUUUAGGAAAUAAAUUCUAAUUCUGAAUAAGUAUCAUAGAGAUCCACUGAGAGAAUGUCUAAAAAAGAAGAAGUGGAAAAGGAAGUUUAAGAGUUACUAUAUGGAAACCAAAAGAAUAGGAAAUAGUAAUCAAAAUAAUCUUCAAAGGAGUUUAAAGUGGAAGAUUUGAAAUACAUAAAGGAUGAUCCACUUUUAGAUGCUACUUAUAGUGGAUUUGUAUAAGUGAAGGCAAAUUUAAGAAAGAGAUCACAUUGA